AAUGAAGAAAGUGAUUGAAUAUCAAAUUAAGAAAGAGAUGGGGAGGUGCAUUGACAUGUCUGUCCCAGGACCCCACGUGUUCCUCCUGUUGGUCAGACUGGGAGUGAGGUUCACAGAGGAGGAGCAGAACACUGUGAAGUGGAUCCAGGAGAACUUUGGAGAAGAUGCGUCUAAGUUCACCAUUGUGCUCUACACUCAUGGAGAUGAGCUGAAGAAGAAAACGAUCGAGGAGUAUUUGGAAGGAAGCACAGAGCUACGAAAGCUUAACAACAACUGUGGAAACAGAUAUCACAUCUUCAACAAUAAAGAGAAGGACGACCAGACUCAGGUCACAGAGCUGCUGAGGAAGAUAGACGAGAUGGUGGAGGCUAAUGGAGGAGGGCACUACACCAGUAAGAUGUAUAAGGAGGCUCGAAUUAAGAUUGAAUGGGAGGAAUGGAAGAAAUGGGGAAAAGAAAAGUCCAUUGCUGUUGCUGGAAAUGUAGCAUUGGGAGUAGCAGUGGGAGCAGUGGGAGCAGCAGUGGGAGCAGUGGGAGUAGCUGCAGUAGCUGCAGUAGCAUCACCCGAAUCUGUAGCUGCAACUGGAUUGGCUGUUGGAUCAGCAAUAAUACAAAGCUUGAAUAGAUUUUGAUCAAGUCAAUCGGUCAAGGAGGAGAUAAGAAUCUAAAAGUGUCACAGAAU